GGGCGGGGAAUUCGCCGAACGUCCGUGGCCCGGAAUCCCUUUGCCUUGGAGAGCGGCGCGAGCCCAGAAGCCGAGAGAAGUUGGGUCGGUCGAUCCGGGCAGGGUAGUGCAGACCUCGCAAAGAUCUCCUAACCGUUCUGUCCUGAGAGUGCAGACCCAGGAGGAACGUCCCUGCUUGCGUCUAGGGGCGGAAGGUGGACGCGCUGCGCACGGCCCCGCCAGGGCUGGUAGUUUUCAGACCGUCCCUGCCGAGGCCCGCUCGCCCGGCAGCCCUGCGGCUCCCGCGGUGGCAGCGGCGGCGGCGGCCCCAGGCUCGAUCCAGCCCAGGUAGCCGCGUCUCAGUCUCUGGGGGCGCUGUGACCCCGCUCCUGGCUGUGUCUGGGAUCCCCUGUUCCCUGGAGCACGACUGCUGGAGAGUGACCCCGACUGCUACUGAUGGUGCUUCUGCUGCUCCCCUACUAGCAGGAGUGACUCCUACCCAGAAGUGGACUUUGGAGCAGGGUCUGUUAGACCAUGUCUGCACCACCACACUAGGUUUACACGGUCCUGGGGAGCUUCCUGUCUGCUAGCAGAAUGGAAGCCCGGCAAGGAAAUCAGCUGACUCAGGAGCCGGAGUGAGAGCCACGCACUCUCCGCCCCAGCCUGCACCAUGAACUUGCCUUCCCCUUCUGCCUGUUGAGAGCCGAGGGAAUGGUACACUGCUAGAGAGAGAUGGCUUUCUUUUCUCCCUGGAAGUUGUCCUCUCAGAAGCUGGGCUUUUUCCUGGUGACUUUUGGCUUCAUAUGGGGGAUGAUGCUCCUACACUUCACCAUCCAGCAGCGAACCCAGCCCGAGAGCAGCUCCGUGUUGCGGGAGCAGAUCCUUGACCUCAGCAAAAGGUACAUUAAGGCACUGGCAGAAGAGAACAGGAACGUGGUGGACGGACCGUACGCCGGUGUCAUGACAGCCUAUGAUCUGAAGAAAACGCUUGCUGUGUUACUGGAUAACAUCCUACAGCGCAUCGGCAAGCUCGAGUCGAAGGUGGACAAUCUCGUCAAUGGCACAGGAGCGAAUUCCACCAACUCCACCACGGCUGUCCCCAGCCUGGUAUCGCUUGAAAAAAUUAAUGUGGCAGAUAUCAUUAAUGGAGUUCAAGAAAAAUGUGUAUUGCCUCCUAUGGAUGGCUACCCCCACUGCGAGGGGAAAAUCAAGUGGAUGAAGGACAUGUGGCGCUCGGACCCCUGCUACGCAGACUAUGGAGUGGACGGGACCUCCUGCUCCUUUUUUAUUUACCUCAGUGAGGUUGAAAAUUGGUGUCCUCGUUUACCUUGGAGAGCAAAAAAUCCCUAUGAAGAAGCUGACCAUAACUCACUGGCGGAAAUCCGUACGGAUUUUAACAUUCUCUACGGCAUGAUGAAGAAGCAUGAGGAGUUCCGCUGGAUGAGACUUCGGAUCCGGCGAAUGGCUGACGCGUGGAUCCAAGCAAUCAAGUCUCUGGCAGAGAAACAAAACCUCGAGAAGAGGAAACGGAAGAAAAUCCUUGUUCACCUGGGACUCCUGACCAAGGAAUCAGGCUUCAAGAUUGCAGAGACAGCCUUCAGUGGUGGCCCUCUGGGUGAACUAGUUCAGUGGAGUGACCUAAUCACAUCUCUGUACCUGCUGGGCCAUGACAUCCGGAUCUCAGCCUCACUGGCUGAGCUCAAGGAAAUUAUGAAGAAGGUUGUUGGAAACCGGUCUGGCUGUCCAACUGUAGGAGACAGAAUCGUUGAGCUUAUUUAUAUCGACAUUGUGGGACUUGCUCAAUUUAAGAAAACACUAGGACCAUCCUGGGUUCAUUACCAGUGCAUGCUCCGGGUGCUGGACUCCUUUGGAACAGAGCCUGAGUUCAAUCAUGCGAGUUAUGCCCAGUCGAAAGGCCACAAGACCCCCUGGGGAAAGUGGAAUCUGAACCCGCAGCAGUUUUACACCAUGUUCCCUCAUACCCCAGACAACAGCUUUCUGGGCUUCGUGGUCGAGCAGCACCUGAACUCCAGCGACAUCCACCACAUUAACGAGAUCAAAAGGCAGAACCAGUCCCUUGUGUAUGGCAAAGUGGAUAGUUUCUGGAAGAAUAAGAAAAUCUACUUGGAUAUCAUUCACACGUACAUGGAAGUGCACGCCACUGUUUACGGCUCCAGUACCAAGAACAUUCCCAGUUACGUGAAAAACCACGGCAUUCUCAGUGGCCGGGACCUGCAGUUUCUUCUCCGGGAAACCAAGCUCUUCGUCGGGCUUGGAUUCCCUUACGAAGGCCCAGCUCCCCUGGAGGCCAUCGCGAACGGAUGUGCUUUCCUGAACCCCAAGUUCAGUCCUCCCAAAAGCAGCAAAAACACAGACUUCUUCAUUGGCAAGCCCACACUGAGAGAGCUGACAUCCCAGCACCCUUACGCAGAAGUCUUCAUCGGCCGGCCACACGUCUGGACCGUGGAUCUCAACAACCGAGAGGAAGUAGAAGAUGCAGUAAAAGCCAUCUUAAACCAGAAGAUUGAGCCGUAUAUGCCAUAUGAGUUCACAUGUGAAGGCAUGCUGCAGAGAAUCAACGCUUUCAUUGAAAAACAGGACUUCUGCCAUGGCCAAGUGAUGUGGCCACCCCUCAGCGCCCUGCAGGUGAAGCUGGCUGAGCCCGGGCAGUCCUGCAAACAGGUGUGCCAGGAGAGCCAGCUCAUCUGUGAGCCGUCCUUCUUUCAACACCUCAACAAGGAGAAGGACCUGCUGAAGUAUAAGGUGAUCUGCCAAAGCUCAGAACUGUACAAGGACAUCCUGGUGCCCUCCUUCUACCCCAAGAGCAAGCACUGUGUGUUCCAAGGGGAUCUCCUGCUUUUCAGUUGUGCCGGGGCCCACCCCACACACCAGCGGAUCUGCCCCUGCCGGGACUUCAUCAAGGGCCAAGUGGCCCUCUGCAAAGACUGCCUCUAGCCUAGCCACCCUGAAUUCAUUCAGAUGGGAAAGACGUGGCUCCACGGGGCAGGGCCAAGGGGCGCAAAGACAUUCAGGGACUCUGACCAUAGCCUGAGAUCUUUGGUCCAGGGCUUGGAUUUAGUACAGCUCCAGCCACAGCCAGUGCAUCCCAGUUUACACCAAAACCACAAGAGAACAGAGGUUAGAACAGGAGCCUGGGUUCUCCCCAGUGUAACGAGUGUCCUCUCUGUCCGGGAGAUCGACUGUAGGGACUGUAGGGAAAUGGUCCAGGCAGUUGCUCCCAGGAAUUUUUUUUUUUUUUUUUUUUUAAGAAGGGAUAAAAGUCUGGAGACUCAUUCAAACUGAAAACAAAGCAGGAAGAGGGAUUGAGCCUGUUGGGAAUCCUAAACGAAUUAACUUAUUUAUUUGGGAGGAUAGGGGUGGGCUAGGGAGGGAGGAAAGGGGUUGAACAGUUUCCUUUUGUUCCUCGCUGUCAAUCACCCACCUUCAGGACCUUCUUGUCCUGCAGCACCAAGCAGGUUGCAGAGGGGCUGUGGCCUGCUUGAGGGUAGCUGUGGAGCUUGACUCCUGGUGGCAGCUGACAGCAGAGAAAAGAGAUGUCUUUAAGCAGGGGGUGGGGAUGUAGCUCAGUUUGUAGAAUGCUCACGUAGCAUACAUGGAGUCCUGGGUUCCAUCCCCAGCACCACAUAAAACCAGGUAAGAAGCAGAGGCAGGGGGCACCAAACAUUCUCCUCGGCUACAUAACGAAGUCAAGGCCUUUGUCCCCAAGUCUAGGCUACAAAAAAUAUCCUAGUCUCAGAAAAUAGGGGGAAAAUGGCUUUGAAAACACACUGUCAAAGCAUUGCCAGAGUCAAUGGAUCCUAAGGAAGUGUGGCAGACGGCAGCUAAAAGGCACAUAACCUGGGUGGUUAUGCUUGUGGUGUCCUGAGGGCCCCACCGAGUUCCGAAGACAAGCUGGGCUGCAGAGGAGAGAGGCUGUUUUCCUAUCUGUCCCUCCCCCUUCCUCAACAGGCUUCGUCCUAAUUUCUGGUUAGAAUUCAUCUUUGUUGAAGAAACACAGGAUUAUGUAAUUCUUGUUUGCUGCUGUGGUAAACUCAGUUCCCACCCCCACCCCACGGAAGCCUCCAAGAGCUGUCCUUGAACUUGGAGAGGGCAUCUCUAGCCUCAGAACAGCUAAGAUCUGGAUAAGAUUGUCAGUCCUAGGGUUAGUAGCAUGAGGCUUUGUGCCAUGCCCCCACUGAUGUCUGCUAUUGCUGCGAUCCUGGGAAUGGACUCUUCUUACUCCAUGGUUUCUGGGCAGGAAAGGACAGUUCAGGAUGAAUGCUAGGUAUUAUCCUGGCCACACCCCCAGUGGGUGUGGCCUACAAAGGGUAGGGGAGCCUGGGGCUGGCUUUUACUUGAAGCGCUAUUGUUCUGUGGAGUUUGAGCAGCCCUGUGAGGGCCUAGGCUAUAUGCCGGAAUCCCCACCUUUCACACCCUGGAGCCCUUUUGUGAGUCCAUCCCUGCUGAAGUACUUGCUCCUGUGCUCUAUACAAGUGUGAGUUUCUGGAGACACCUCCCGCACUCCUCCCCAUGCUGGCGAAUGAACCAAUCCUCUUCUACCUCUUGCUGUUUUAGCAUUGUCCACCAACCCCAACUGGUAGAGUAGAUUCCCUGGCCGGCUGGUGCUGCCCAGCGCCUCCCUGUGGCCAGGAGGAGCCUCUGUCUAGCCGAACCGCAGAGCAAGGGCCGUGACUGGCCCGAGCCCUCCAGAAAGCAACAGAAAGGAGGAUCUGCUUGUGGUGACCAAGGGUUGGGGAGAUGGCGCAUGGAACUUUUAGGUCUGGGAAAUCAUCUGCUCUCCUCUUGAUCUCUACCUGGGUGCAUACAUCCCACCAAUCACACCUCUAGCACCUCCCCAACCACACCCCUCUUGGCCUCCCAGGGGCUUGUGAGUCUAGUCCUAGAGAAUGAAGUAGAGUCAAGAGGUGAUGCCAGGGCAGGCACUGACAGGGGUCACUCAAGGCCUGGCUGGAAUCACUUCUGCCCAGGUUCAGCCAAGAGGAAGGCAGAAAUUCAGAAGCCUAGCUAUGGAGCAUCUUCAUUAAGCUUUGCAAAGGUUUCCUGCUGCAGGAGGAGAGAAAGCGGUGCAGUCUCUUGGGGGAAGGCCCUUAGAGUGGGCCUUAGGGCUGCACCCCAGAGUUGUGGGAAUCUGUCCUGAGUUUCCAGACCUGAACAAUCGGGCUCUUCAGGAGCUCUAAAGGCUGUAGUUGACAGUGCUGACAUUCAGCCAGCAGGGGGCGCCAAGCUGAAAAUAAUCCCCAUGUUGCUAAGAACAUGCAGGAGCUUCUGGGCUCUGAGGUCAGGGUCCCUCCACAUUCCUAUUCCUCUUCUCCAGUUCAAGACCCGGACUCUCACAACCUAGAAGAGUUCUUUCUCCCAUGUCAUAAAUCCCUCUCCCUGUUUUAGGCAGAAAUAAGUAAGCUCACUUCCUCUGGUGGGUUCCUGCUCUUGGGACUAACCAAGCGUAGUCUAGUUAUUAAGAGAAUUAGCAAUAGGUGAGAUGUCCCUGAAUGUACGCCAGCUCCCAGGCCUCCUCAGAGUUAGCAAGAUAAUGGAUGGCCAAGUGGCCACCAAGGGGAAACCGACGUGGCCCGUGGUAUGGGCAUUCUGCCUGUCAGGUGUGGAAAACAGCAAAGAAGGCACUCAGAGCCCUGGCUGGGAGCCAGCACUUAAAAAGCACUGGCGAUCUUGUAGGAACUGAGGGCUGUGUGUAACUGAACCUUCCACCAGGAGAGGAACCUGAAAUCAAGACUCAUGUGUUCUGCACAAUAAUCCCAGAUCGCCUGAUCUUUAGAGUUAUUUUCCCCUUUGUGAUGUUAGGCUCUUAAAAUAGGGGGGAAAGUUUAUCUAAUUUAUUAAGAGUGAGAAUACAUUGCUUCAGAAGGUGAAAACUUUUUCAGAGCAAGAACUCCUGAGGGGCCAUGCCUUGUGCAUUUCUGUGUGUGUUCCUGUCCAAAUGAAAGCACUGUAUAGAGGUUUAUUUUGUCUCUAAGACGAACCGUUUGUUUCUACGUGAAUGUUUGGAAAUAUCCAAUAUCCGUCUGUUCUUUUGCUGGGACAUGUCUUUCCAUUUCUCUUUGGGGUUGGAUUUUGAAGGCUGGGUGCUUUUGAAGGCUAGGUGCUGUCAAAGGCUGAUAGCAGAUUGCUCCAGCCUGGAAUAACUACGUUUGUCCAUGGUGUGUGUGUGCACACACAUGUCCCAGUGUAUCCACAUACACUAGACUACAUAUAUAUAUAUAGUAUGUAUACAUGUGGAUUUUGUGUACGUUCCCAGGGUGUGGUGUAUACACACGCCUCCCCAGAAUAGGGCCAAGGGUACCAAGAAUCCUUCAGUACCCUCAGGACUAGACCCUGUCUCUGAGUCUGAUGAUGACCAAGGUCUCAGGCCCCUGUCACCCUGGCCCUAGCUGACAUGUUGCUGAGGCAGAAAACCAGCCCUCAAGCCAUCUCUGCAGAAGGAACCCCCAAAUACUUCAGCAAGUUAGCGUGGUGGAGGCGAGAUGUCUACUUUCUCUCGUCCUUAGCGAAUGAGUGUGGACGUGAAGCUGCAGUACCUAUUAGUGAGUUGGGUUGCACUGAGACUAUGUGUUGCUUAUGGAUAAGUGUGUCUCCUUUAGAUCAGACCAGGGUGGGUUACCUGGAUUGUAUGUAGUUAGGCGCCACCACCCUCUCCCAAAAUCCUUGACCGAAAAGGAAAGACCAAGUCAUUUUGAUAACGACAGGCUAUACUGUAUCACAAUUCCAAGCCUGGACUGUUUUAUUUAUUUAAAACUAGUUUAAUUUCUCUUUCUCCUCUUCCCCUCUGUGUGGCUGCAGAGUGUGUCUCCGUGAGAGUAGACGGAUGGCAGGGAUGGGUUUGUAGUCCUUCAGGAAGCCAGCAGCCUGGAGCUGGGAACGGGUUCCUCUCAUCUGGGCUACCUUCUGUCAGAAAGCGAGAAGUUUUUCUGUUUGGGUUUUGUUUUUGUUUUUUGGGGUUUUUUGUUGUUGUUUUUUGUUGUUUUUUACAUAUAGCAAAAGACCAAAUUAGCUGUAUAGUCUUGGAUACAGAAUAUAAGAAUUACUCUAGCUGUCCUAGCACUUAGGGUCCUGUGGGGAUUCCGUGUUUAGCACAGUGCCUGGCUCAUAGUAAGCCUGGUGAAUGUUCAAUAUUGAUAUUAGUAGUAUAUCAUAAAACUUGAGAAAUAAAGAGCUGCGCUCACCCCUUUCUGUUGAUUCAGACAUGAUGGCUACAUAAAAAUCUUGUUGAGUCGAUCAGAUGCUAUAGGAAUUUAAUUGUUUCAAAUGUUUAAGCUCUGUGCCUACCCUGCUCGCUGGAAUCCUAGUGUUUUCUCGAAUGCACUGAGUAAUUGGAAAAUGUGUCAGUUUUCAGCACUCCAUGAAACAAGGCUGAAUUUAGUACCUGAAGUUGAACCACCAGUAUGUUCUGGAACAUUCCAGGGGUUUCUUUGAGGAACUUUUUGAGCUCAAAAUUAAAAGUUCUCUCACGAGUUUCACUCCUUGAAUUAGAGUUUAUUUUUUACUCUGCUAUAAUGCAAUAAUAGAAUCUUCAACUUGUUUAAGGGAACAACUAAACGUACAGUCCCCAGGAAACCCCUCUGCUGCCGCCUGCUGGACAGGGUGGCUCCCAGCAGGCUGGUUACCUCGGCCACAUUCCCAUUCUAGCCAAGAUUAAUCCCGUGACUGGUUCCUUUAAAAAAAAAAAAAAAAAAAAACUACCAUCCCUUCGCACACACACCCCCAAGAGGAGCCACAUGAGACACUACAGCAGGGGUUUUGACUUCUUUCAAAACUGGACCCUGUGGUCACUUAAAUACCAGCUUGCUGUCUGUUGUGUGUGGCUUCAUCUUCUACCGUGGUAGAACAAAAUGUAGGAGGACAAGUUGCCGGUGUGGAAUGGAGAGGUGAAUUUUCUGGAGUCCAGUUUACUUUUUCAAUCCCUCUCACUGCUCAGCAGAUCAAUGACUUUACAAUUCACGGGAUGAAAGUAUUGAAUUUACCUUUUUGAGAGCUUCAUUCUUCCCCAGAUUUUGUGGCACUUAAAAGGCUGUCCUAAUUCCACCCUAACCCCGCCCCCUGCCCCACUCUCCACCUGCCACAGCUGUAACACAUGCUGGUGGGGGGGGUAGUUGCCUAUGGAAGCAAGCGUGGGUGGGAGGUACACAGGAAGCAUUGCUGGGUAGCGGCCCAGGAGCAUGAACACAGUCUGCAGCAUCCACAGAAGCCGGAACACAGCAGAUAUGGGAAGCAGGGGUUUUGUUUUUUUUUUUGCUUAGAGCUCAGCCCAUGUAUAAGAGAAAAUAGUGUGACCACAAUGCCAAAGGACAUGGUGGUGUCCCUUCCACUGUAGUUCCUGUCACAACCUUGCUGUCAAGCUCAUGGCCGUUCACGUCUGUGUCUUCAAAUGGAUCCUGGUUCUCUUGUUUUCUACUGUCACUUCUAGAGUUAAGUCACAGGAUCCUCCAAAUGAAGUGUCACUGUCCCUGAAUUUACUGUACAAGGCAAAAGGAAACUACUUUUCCUGUGUUGUAGAGAAACUAGGGAGAACUUUAUUUUUCAAUAAACUUUUCUUGUGUGA